UUUUGUUAACAAAUGUUCUCGUCAGGCGGAUAUAGCCGCGUGUGGCCUCGGGCUAUUUUCAUGCUGUUGAAUAAAAAAUUAGCUGUCUGCAGCCUGUCAGGGACACUUUCCGCGGACUCUUGGAGCCCACAGCGCUACAAACAUGGCUGCAGAGCUAUCAACCUCCAUAAACAUCAAGGAACCACGGUGGGACCAGAGCACGUUUAUAGGUCGAGCCAAACACUUCUUCACUGUCACAGAUCCCAGGAACAUCCUACUGACAAAUGAACAACUAACACAUGCACACAAAGUCAUCACUGACUACAGGGAAGGUGUCGUUUCUCCAGGGCUGACAGAAGACGAGCUGUGGAGAGCAAAAUAUAUUUUUGAUUCUGCUUUCCAUCCUGACACUGGAGAGAAGAUGAUCCUGAUCGGCCGCAUGUCCGCUCAAGUUCCUAUGAACAUGACCAUCACUGGAUGCAUGAUGACAUUUUAUAAGUCGACUCCCGCUGUGUUGUUCUGGCAGUGGAUCAAUCAGUCUUUCAAUGCAAUAGUCAACUAUACCAACCGGAGCGGCGACGCUCCGAUAACAGUCAACCAGCUCGGCACGGCGUAUGUGUCUGCCACCACGGGGGCAGUGGCCACCGCUCUAGGACUAAACGCACUAUCGAAGCAUGUUUCACCUCUGAUUGGAAGGUUUGUUCCAUUCGCUGCUGUAGCUGCUGCUAACUGUAUCAAUAUCCCACUUAUGAGACAAAGAGAGCUUCAACACGGCAUUCCCAUCACAGAUGAAAAUGACAACAGGUUAGGAGAGUCCACAAAAGCUGCACAGCAGGCGAUCUCUCAGGUUGUGGUUUCCAGGAUCCUCAUGGCUUCCCCAGGAAUGGCUAUCCCGCCAUUUUUAAUGAACCACCUGGAAAAGAAGGCCUUUUUAAAGAGGUUCCCAUGGAUGAGUGCACCUAUUCAAGUCAGCCUGGUGGGAUUCUGUCUGGUGUUUGCCACUCCUCUGUGCUGCGCAUUGUUCCCACAGAAGAGCUCCAUGUCAGUCAGCCGUCUGGAGCCGGAGCUGCAGGAGAAAAUCCGGGCCAAUCACCCUGGAGUGGAGAGAGUGUACUUCAACAAAGGGCUAUGAGUGCACAGCCCCGCCACCCGUCCCACCCCCAACCCACAACCCAAACACUGCCAUACGAGCUGCAGGCUUGGUUCUUUGCCUCCGUCAGCUUUCCUCAUUCAGUGUGCCAAAGUUCAGUUUUGUUCGCACUUCCACCAUCAAGAUCCAUAAUUUGUUCAGUUUAUUUUUUUUCUUAUUGUGGCUGAUUUUUAAUAGAAAUGCUAAAAAAAAUGUUCCUGAUUGACCGAGAUUGGAAAAAAAAGCCUCUUUUUAUGAUAAAUCCCUUCUUUAUUAGUUUGUUUUUAUUUUUGGUGACCCGUUUUAAGUCGCACAUAAUGAAGGUUAGCAGGCAAAGAGGAUUAUUGUAAUGUUGCAAUUAAAAUGUUUUAAAAAAUAUUCUUAGAAAUACAUCAGAAAUGUUUAGAUUAUUAUAUUCAGGGUUUCACAAAACAGGUGAACUCAGGAGCCACUUCCACACCUGGAUAAUGUUUUCAAUACUCUACAGAGAAUCCCACAGUGGUCACUGAAGUUGGAAUAUAAAAAAUAAGCAAAAAUAACCAAUAAAAAACAGACCAUUAUUAUGACUUUUUUUAUUUUAUUUAAACCAAUUUAAAAAAACAAGUUAUUAAAUCAAAUCUGGACACAAAAAAAUCCAGGAAAUGAUUAAAAAUAACAAUUUGUGCAGAUUAAGUUGCCACCUUUGAGUCAUUUGUUAAAUUAUUUUUAACCAUUAGCACUUCAUUGCCAUUCAUUUAUAAAGUAAACAUUAAAAAGUCUUAAAUGUGAAAGCAGUUGCCCAUGAAAUACACUUGUAAAAAGCUGAUAAAAGUGUAUAGAAUAUUAAGGUCAGAGCACGGUUUGGUCGGCUUGUUUUGAACUUUCCAAUCAGCCAGAUUGUAGAUCAGUAUUGUCCAAGACGAAAACCAGCUAUUUACAAAGUGUUUUAACCCGUUUGUACUCUGCAAAAGCUGCAACAAACUAAUUAGUCUGUUGAUUUUCCAGUAUUUUAUCUCAUUUGAAUCUUAUUUUUGCCAACACAAAAGAGUUAGUGGUUUCCUGGUUCUAAUGAAACAAAUGAAAGUUUUCAUUUAUCCAGUUUUUAGGAUCUCCACCCUGACAGAUGUGAUGCUGCGACGGUGGUGGUUAUUGUCGGUGCUAUUUGACGACUUAGUGUUUAUUCUGCUUUACAACCCUUAGCAAAAAGUAGUACACUUAAAGCUUCUUUUAUGAGUAUAAGUAUAACAAGUCUACUAUAGAUCAUUUACUGUAGUGUAGGAAGUACACUAACAGAACAAUUCUUUAGACUAAAUCGGAACUUUUUAAGUUGGUACAUAAAAAGUAAUCUUCAAGUAUACUGAAUCACUUGUAGUACAUUUAAAGACUACUUUUUGUUAAGGGAUAACAAAAGAAAUUACUUUUUAUAAGAGUGCCAUAAUAAUCAAACACUCUUAUAAAACUAACAGUGUUACAUUCAGCGUUUGUGACAGAGCAAUGUGAUGUACCCCUCAAUGUCUAACUGAGCCAGGAAUUUCUAAAUAGCUUUAAGUUCAACUACUAAUUCUUGUUUUUUUUAGGAAAUAAUCCUACUAAUAUAUAUCUUAAAUGAACAUGUAUGGUACUGUUUUGAUGGUAGGUUAGCACAUUUUUGUAAUAUAUUUUAAUGUAUUAUUUUGGGAGUGAAAAAUCCAAAUGAUUUCAGAGAUUAUUAGUCAUGGUUAAAAAAAAAAAUAAAUACAGACAGAUUCAUGUAACCGUGUCAAACUAUAUUUUUCAAUGUCUGAAAUAAUAUUUUAGUUUUAAACUAUAAUAAAAUGAAAAACUGCUUCUGAAAAUCAAAAGAACAAUCUCUGGUAUUGUGUUUUAUCACUACAUGGGUAAAGAGACGUGUACCUGCACUGGACGGUGUGGUGACUCUGUCUUCUGUUUCCUUUGUGUUGUAGUCUGUUUCAGUCAGCUGUGUGGACACACUUUGUGGUGUACAUUUUGCUUUGGUGUGAAAGCUAUCAUUAACACGUGUCCUCUUGUUCUGCUGGUGUGUAAACAGAAUUUCACAUCAUAAUUCACCAUUGUUGGACUAUUUUGAAAUCAGGGACAAAACACAUUGAAAACACUGCAUAUAUAAACAAAUCAAAAUUUGAAUGCUUGAUUUUAAAUGUGUUUUGGAGGGCCAAUCUGUAUCGUAUUGAUCUGUGCUCUGUGUAAUGCAAAUGUUUUUUGUUUAUUUUGUUGGAACACAUCGGAAGCCUGCAGAAGUUGUUCUUUUUUUCCCAUCAUGCUGUGUACUUUGGGUUAAAGCUCUUCACUGAUUCUUUAAAAAUAAUAAUAAAAAAAUGUUGAUCUAAAACAAAAAAGCACAAUCCUGUAACAGAAAUCUUGAGAUGUUCUUGAACUUAUUAAACCUGCUAAGAACAUAAUGUACUGUAAAGCAUGUUUUUGUGAAGCGUGACAGUGUCACCCUUCACAGACAUAGUCAACCAGUUUUGGUAUCUCUGUUGUUGGGGAAAAAUAAAACAUGUAAUGAUCACUGAAACAAAUUAACAAUUAAAAAAUGUCUGCUUUUUCUUUUUA